ACCAAACAUCCAGAUAUUUAUCAAGACUUCAUCAGGCGAAAGAAUGAUUAUACUGCGACUUCUAUUAAACUAAGCAAGAAAAAUCACAACAACCGUACCACUUUAUGCCCGUCAAUUACUGACACACAAAAUGCUGAAAACAGCAACAGUUUCACCACAAAAUUCUUCAGUUCCUGAUAACCACGAAUCUAUCAUUUGACACAGUGCAGAGACCGGCAUUUUUGGAGUUGUUUUCCUAUGCUGAUAUCGCAAUAGAAAUACAUCCAUCCAAUUAUUACGAAAAACUAGUCAAGGAUACAUGCGAUUACAAACGAAUGGAGUUGUUUCAAAUAUUUAAUGCCAGCACAUUAUAUUUUUGCUGUACCCUUGAUGUAUGGAAUUACAACGGAUUCUAUUACAUUGCGAUAUCUGCUCACUGGGUUGAUGAUGAAUUACGGAGGCAAUCUGCAUUGUUAGCAUGUAAAAAGUGUGUGGAAAAUUUGGCAUGUCUGGAGAAUUUGUAUCAUUUGUAUAGUGCAGCUAUGACACAAUAUGGUAUUGCUCCUACACAAAUUGUUGCCUGCACAACGUUAAACAUGCAAAACUAUUUUGAUGAUUUUGGCGAAUUGAAUUUGGGAAAAGAUGUAUUUCAGAACACGUGCAAUCCACAACUGAAUGAUGUUGCCGAAAAACUGACAUUUUUAUCAAAUCCGGAUGCGUUUCACGUUAAUGCAUUUAUGUUAGAUAUAAUAAAACUAAACAAAAUAUGGGGUGGCAACUUCUUUAGGAAGCUUAACAGUUGUGGAAAGUCCCUUCACAGUAGUUCAAUGGAAAAGUGCUGCAAUAUUUGGCGCAUAUAUAUGUCAAAAGAACAAACAGAUGUUGUAAUGUCCUUCCUUGGUGAACCCUUGGUAAAGCCAUGUCUCUACUCCGUGACAUCUCUAUAUGCAGCCAUAAAACAAUUGUUGAACAGCAAAGAACAACUCAAAGACAUCUCUAAAUGCUUAAAUGUUCCUUGUUUAUCAAAUCAAGAAAUUGACUAUCUACAAGAAUUCUUGCUUGUGUAUGAGCCAAUGGCUAUGGCAUUUGAAUUUUUAGAUAUGACACAAAACCACUAUUACGGCUGUUUCUUACCUACACUGGUAACGAUAAAAUGGAAAUUAAUAAGACUUUAUAACUCGAAAAAGCUGUGUCAUUUGCAAGAUGCAUUGCAACAGCUAAGGGAGGACCUACAAAUGGAUUUUAAAGAUUAUUAUAACUUGGAUGGAAGCAAAUCCGAUUCAAUUAUGGCUGCACUCACAUACCCGCCAGUUAAAACUCGUUUCCUUUCAGGACUUAAAGACAACAUAUAUUGUCUAAGUUUUCAUCCACGAAACAUGUUGCUCAAAUAUGGCAAGGAAUAUCAUAAAAGAGAUGACAACUUUCAUAAUCAGUAUACAUCACUUGUGAAUAUAUCAUCAGCGGAAUGUGAGGUUACUGAAUUUUUUGAUUUUGGUGAUUCAACUGAUUCUGCUGCCGAAAAUGGAAACCUUCCACAAUCAUUGAAAAUGGAAAUUGAUUCAUAUUUAGCAGAUCCUGAUGGUAGUUUAAAAUCGUUACAAAAAUAUCCGACUGUAAGACGAAUGUUCUAUCGUUAUAACACCUGUAUACCAUCACCAUCGUCGGUUUCACGUAUAUUUCCCGUGACAGAAUUGUUGCGAACCAGUUUAAGCUCUCCUUGGGAAGAGGAACAAUUUGAAAAUAAUUUCUUCUACAGCCACUAUUACGUCAACAAGAAUCGCAUGUAAUUCCAUAUUAUUGUAGGUAUUUAUGAAAUAAAUAACUCUAACAAAGCAA